AGCUUUGUGGCUCAACUAAGCAAUACAGCUCCAAAAACAGUGAGCAAUGGCUGAAGCACCUCCUCUCCAUGGCGAAGACAAGGAAGAAAUAGCUGAAAUCGAGGGCGUGACAGCUGAUGCCUAUACCAGUGUCGCCCAGCAAAGGGCAUCAGAUAGGAAACGCCGAGAACAAGCAGAGGAUAGAAGAGAAGACCACAAGCCAAAGUUCAUUCAACCGCAAAAGGAGAAGCGCUUCAAGAUCUACAUGAAGUAUGAAGGCCGCAAGGGCCCACCAGCUUGGAUCAAGUCAAGACUUCCAAAGCAUGGAGGAUUUGAGGACGGAGCAUCUGUAGCAAUCAAGAAGAUGUUCGUGAACUUCUACAACCGCGUGCGAGAGAUGUUGUCGGUCCACAGUGUGCACCUGCGAAGCGAGACUGGCAUUGCUAUCCCUGAUGAGGACUCGAUCGCUGGCUACGUCGGAUAUGGUGGUCUGAUCUAUGUAGUAGACGGGUCAUCUCCGGGAAAAUUGCCAGAAAAUGUCGUGUACUUCUGGGGCUCCAAUUCUUGGAGCGACCCGAAAGGUGACACGCCGUCACCGGUCUUGACCCUGCAGCGAAAAAGAAUAAGUCAGAUCAGCGUGGGCAAAGAACAUGCUGUGGCGCUGACGGAAGGUGGCCGAGUUUUUGCCUGGGGCAAGAAUGACUUUGGACAGCUUGGAACAGGUGACGAGGAGAAUCGGGCACUUCCAUCGUAUACAGAGCUCCCAUACGAGACUUACAUUUCACAAAUUGCUGCUGGAGGCAACUACACCAUCGGUGCCACCAAGCGAGGAGAAGUGUGGAGUUGGGGAAGGUUCCAGGCCUCCAACUUUCCGAGACUCUUUACGGACACCUGGUGUAAUGGCUACGAAGCCAAGGGAGAGAUGGGCCUAAAGGGUCUCAAGAUUGUUCGAGUUUGUGCCGGUGACCAACAUAUGGGUGCGCUGACGAAGGAAGGGAAGCUCUACACAUGGGGCUACAAUGAUUUUGGCCAGCUUGGCUGGGGCUUGCAUGGUGAAGGCAGAGUUGGACAGCAGAGACCGAAUCAGGUCAAAGGUUUGCUGGAGAAUGAGGAGAUCAUAGAUUUUGCUUGUGGAGGCGGCCACACUGUGGCUGUCACCAAAAAUUGCCGAAUUUUUGGCUUUGGAUCAAACACCAAUGGUCAGCUUGGCCAUGCGAUGCGCCAAUGCUUUCCAGAGCCUGUUGAGAUUCCAUUGGGCGAUCCAGUGUCAAAGGUGCGUGCUGGCUGGCAGUGUACAGCAUACAUCACUGAGAGUGCCCGCCCUAUCAUUUGUGGUGGCAUCCGAGCCGAGGGGCCCAGUGUCGCUGACAUGCAAGCUGGUGAGGAUGGUGAGGGACCUGCGCCGGAGAUGUCCAGAGGAGGCUAUGGCGGCGGCCCUCAACCAGAGGCUGGUGUGAUGGACAUGGUCAGCACCACUGGUGUCGAAGUGAUGACCGAAGUGGUCACCGAAGCGUCAGUGGGCGAGGCACACGGAAUUUUGGUGUGCUACGAUGGUACCUUGCGUGGCUGGGGGUACAACCGGCAAAAGCAAGCAAUAGGGGACGAGACGGACGACACCUUUGUGAAGCCACAGGCGGUAGAUGACAUACCAUUUGACGCCUACAAGGGGCUGUCGGUUGCAGUUGGUGGUGCUCAGAGCUAUGCCAUCAUGCAACCACGUCAUCCAUAGGGGUGUGAUGUGUUUUGCACAGUGAUCCCUGGAAAUAACAGCUGCAAGUAGAAGCACUCGCUGAAAUGAGCGUGAGUGCAUGUCUGUGUAUGUGUUCUCGAAUUUGUGCAGAUGGUAGACUGCAAUGCUCUUGCGCUUGCUCAUUUGGUUG